UUUGUAAGCCAUCCAAAAAGACAUCAUACAAACAUGGCCUUCUCCUCCACAAGCUCCUCCACUGGCAGAACCAGCUGCACUCCUUCGCCACCUCCCAAAUCCUACAAUCCCUCCUCCCAUUUGCCCAUCAAAUUCAAUAAAUUUACGUCUUGCCCUUCGACCACCACCGCCAAGACCUUUCCGAUCGUUUGCACUCUAGCCAGAGAAUCGACGAGCCGUCAGCCAAUGGUGGAGGAGAAGAAAGAGUCCGAACCGGUGAUUCUUCUGCGGCCGGACUCCUUCGGCCGGUUCGGAAAGUUUGGCGGGAAGUAUGUUCCUGAGACCUUAAUGUACGCUCUCACCGAGCUUGAGUCCGCAUUCAAAUCUCUCGCAGGAGACCAAGACUUUCAGAAAGAACUAUAUGGGAUUUUGAGAGAUUAUGUUGGCAGAGAAAGUCCUCUUUAUUUUGCAGAACGGCUCACUGAGCACUAUAAGCAUCCCAAUGGGGAAGGGCCACAUAUAUACCUCAAGAGGGAAGAUCUUAACCACACUGGGGCUCACAAAAUCAACAAUGCCGUUGCCCAAGCUUUGCUUGCCAAGCGUUUGGGGAAAAAGCGAAUUAUUGCUGAAACUGGGGCUGGACAGCAUGGAGUUGCCACCUCUACAGUAUGUGCUCGGUUUGGUUUGCAGUGUGUUAUCUAUAUGGGUGCCCAAGAUAUGGAGAGACAAUCACUGAAUGUCUUUAGAAUGCGGCUUCUUGGAGCUGAG